CAGCAGGAGAGGUUUCGUUACAUUCUAGCAUGUUGCGGCAGGAAGGAAUGUUGCAGCAGGAGGAAUUUCGUUACAUUCUAGCACGUUGCGGCAGGAAGGAAUAUUGCAGCAGGAGGAAUUUCAUUACAUUCUAGCAUGUUGCGGCAGGAAGGAAUGUUGCAGCAGGAGAGGUUUCGUUACAUUCUAGCAUGUUGCGGCAGGAAGGAAUAUUGCAGGAAUUUCGUUACAUUCUAGCAUGUUGCGGCAGGAAGGAAUAUUGCAGCAGGAGAGGUUUCGUUACAUUCUAGCACGCUGGAAGUAAACUGAACGAACCCGUUCGUUGCCGUGGCAACCACAAACCAAGCGUCCAAAAUGUCGACUUUGCUGGGGAAAAGUUUAUUUGAAGUCAGUGGUCAAGGUCCUGCACCCAAUAAAGACUUCUUCCAAUUUUCUGUUACCAAGGCAGAGGUUAUUUGGAGAUGGUGGAAGAUUUCUUUGAGAAGUGAUGGUAGGAACACAAAGCCAGGAGAACUGAGGGAGUCUCACAAUGACUACUUGGAUGACAGCCUGCUUCAGAGUCAGGUGAGUGUGGUGUUUGGCCCACGGAUCCUUCAGUACAGCCAGGCACUAUGUCAAGGCCACUAUGACUACCUGGAGCGUCUGCCCGACCCCCUGCUUCUCCACAUCCUGACCCAUCUGGAACUGGAGGACGUGGCACGGCUUGGACACACCUCACACAGGUUCAGGAAGCUGUGUCGCUCGGAGGAGUUCUGGGAGCAAGCGGUGCGCGGCCACUGCGGCGCCGUGUCGGCCGAGGUGGAGGCCCUGGCCCUGGAGCUGGGCUGGAAGAGCGUCUUCUUCACCAGCAAGUUGCAGCUGCAGAAACAGAUCAGCCGCAGGAGGAAGAGGAGCCAGAAGCUACUCUGUACAGACCCGGAGCGCUAUGAUGUAGACACAAUGGUGGAGCGCAGUGAGGACCCAGAGAGCCACGCUGCAGAUAUAGAGCCAAGUUCUGAGUCGGACCCUGGGCCGGAGCAGCUCUGUACAGACAUGCAGCGCUGUGGGGUGAUUGCGGGUCAGGGUCAUGGUGUGGCACAGGGGGACUGGAGCUCUGAUUCAGGGAGCUCACUGAAAUGACUUUUGUUUUAUCUUUACACUCUAAAUAGGAUCCUUGAGGUUUCCAUGCUGAGGAAUAGAGGACGGCUUGAUUUCGGGAGGAGACAGUACAAGUCGUUUUUGAUACAAAUAUGAUGACUAUUGAAUGUUUGAAUUCAUGUUAGUUAUGCUUCUUGUCUUUCAAACAAUACAGUGGCUGUGUUGUGUUGGAAGACAGUUUCUCUCAUAGACAGUUGCCUGGCAGCAAAGGAUGUUGUGGCAAUGGCUGGAGAUGUUAAUAUGCAUUUUUACCUGCUGUUGCGUUGUGUUGUACAUGUGCCAUAAUCUUUUUCCUUAUACGAUUUAGCACGAGCAGGACAAUACCAUUCAGUGGAAUGAUUCAGGGAGGGCACGUUUGGUAAAAAUAAAAGGAUAAAAACCUGCCA